AUGGAUAACGACACGGAUCAAAGUGAUGAAAAUUAUUACGAUAAUGAUGAUGAUGAUGAUGAUGAUGAUGAUGAUGGUGUUACUUUCAAUAGAGUUACCAAUCAACCUCCAUUGCCUGAUGACUGUCAAGAUGAAACUCAAGGCAUCGAAUCCAUUGCUGCGUGUUUUAUGCGACGAUAUGAGGCUUGUCCUGCAUUGUUUUUUGGUUCUCUUUGGAACGCUUGCCAAGCAGCGUUCAGUUCGAAAACAGUUACAGAGCGUCUUCCAAUUCUUGUCUAUUUACACAACGAGAAUAGUAUAUUCAGCAAUGUGUUUUGUUCAAAUAUAUUCUGUUCAGGGAUCAUCAUCGACUAUCUAGCUCACAACUAUAUCGUUUGGUGCUGGGAUAUUACAAACGAAUCGAAUAGGAACAAAUUUUCACAAAUCUGGUUAAAAUUGUUUUCUUCAACACCCCUGGAUGGAUAUUUUGCCGAUAAAUUUCCGAUGUUGAUUGGCAUUAUGCGAGAAAGUCCUAGGUUACACCGAUGGUCGUCACUAUCUGAAUACGAAUUUAAAACUCUGUCGACAUCCGACACGUUAACGCGCAUCUCAUGUCAGUUAUCUCGAGAAACGUUAUUACAAGAACUCAUCGUCUUCAAAGAAGAAUGUGAUGAACGUGAAAAACGUCUUUCAUCCAAUAUUUUUACUUCCACUAAACUUUGCACGGAUGUCUUUUUGGAAAUAUUUCGAUAUCUCUCCCUAUACGAUAUAAUGAACGCAUUUUCUGAAGAUGCUCUUUCUCUGUUGUGUAAGUACAAGCUACCGGCGCACUUGUCUAUGGCUUCUCCAGCAUUCAUGAAUAGCAUUGCGCGAAAACUUGAUCCAAAACAAAUUGUUUCUUUACAAUGGAAUGUGUUUUCAACAAAUCCACAAGUAUCUUUAAGUUCCGUAACGAUAUACACCAAUGUCGUCUCACUGACUCUUCUCGGUUCAUUCAAUAGUAAGGCGACGCUGAUUUCAAUGAGCUAA